AUGGUCUCCCUCAGCAUCAUCGCCACAUUUGUUGCCAGCGCCGCCGCUCUUGGUAUCAACUGCCGCGGUUCCGGUGGCUGCAACUUCAACGACGCCAAGUUGAGCGAUGUCUUGACCCAAGUUAAGCAGAUUCAAGCUCAGGGCAAUGGCAAUCAUCGCUAUAACACAGGAGUCCAACUUGCUUGUGCCCAAGGCCAAUACGCCUCCAUUUGUGCCUUCUACCAAAAUGGCGCCAGCGGCACGGCUAAUGAUGCUGCCGGUCAGCUUCAGGGUCUGGUUGAUCACAAGUGCUCGCAGUGUGGUUCUAUUCCCACCCAGCCAGGAAAUGAUGUCAGCAAAGGUGAGCUCACUGUUAAUGUUGUGAGCGCGCCUUGCUGCAAGGGUAACUGUGUUUGCCCAAUUUAG